CAGCGCUGACGCAUCAGAGGGCUUCAUGACUGGGACAGUGUGUCGGGAUAUGGUCAGCUCCUGAUGGCCCAUGUCUGCCAAAACCAGAUUUCCUGAUAUUGAUUCUGUGUGUAAUCUGGGACAUGGACAGACGGAGCCCAGGAGACAGACAGGCGGUAACCACUACAUCAUCAUCAUCUGUCGUCACCAUGGCAACACCCAGUUCCAGCGCCCAGCCGCCCUCUACUUCCCUCAGCAUCAUCCCACCAGACAGACAAGCAGUCCAGGUGAUCCAGCAUGCCAUGCACAGACCUCAGAGUAUGGCGGCCCAGUACUUGCAUCAGAUGUACGCAGCCCAGCAGCAGCACUUCAUGCUGCAGACAGCAGCCCUGCAGCAGCACCAGCAUCCCGCACAUCUGCAGAGUCUGGCCGCCAUCCAGCAGGCUUCAGUCUGUCAGAGGUCACCUUCUUCUUCUACAGGCAGUUUGGUUCAGGCUGCGGGUGUUUCCCAAAACUCGAUAACUUUACCAGCAUCUCCAGUGACCGCAAGGCUGAUUGGUCGAACUCAGACAUCCACUGCCAGCGCAGCCACAAUAUCUCAGCAGGCCAUGCUUCUAGGAAACAGACCUGCCAGCUGUAACCAAGCUCAGAUGUACCUUCGAACUCAGAUGCUGAUUCUAACUCCUGCAGCCACAGUAGCUGCAAUUCAGUCAGACCUCCCCACUGUGACCUCCUGCUCCUCAUUACCUACCUCCUCUCAGAAUCUGGCUCUGCGUACCCAUUUGCCGGGAGCUCUGGCUACAGCCCACAGCGUCAUCUUAAAGCCUUCCACCGAGUCCCAGGCCCUGCCUGCAGCCACCUCUUUGUCCAAGACUCCAGUCUGUGGGCUGAAGAGCACCCAAGUGACUGAUGGCUCAACAGAAACAGCGCCAUCUGAUGCCACCCCGUUGGUGUCAGGAUCCCAGAUUAUAACCCCAGCCUACCCUCCAGUGCAAACCCACACUCUAGUCAAGCAGCAGUUGUCCUGUCCAGUAGGCCAGCAGGUGGCGCACCACCAGCUCAUCGUCCAGCAGGCCACAGGAGGGGCUCCCAGCAGCAGACAGCUGCAUCCAAUUGCCCUCAGAGUAGCACCCCGAGAUACCCACUCCAAUCCUCUUCCUCUGUCGGUUAAAAGACUAACCGCCUCCAGCACCCACUCACAACUACGAAACGAGCCCCAAGCCCUGUCUUCUUCUUCCUCCCCAUUAGUCACCAGCGUGCUUGCAUCAUCACCUCAGACUUCAGUCCCAGCUGCUGCCGUUCAGCCUCAGCCACCUCCUCUGGUGGCUGCGCCACAGCGUCGGACCUCAUUCCCACAGAGCCAGCAGCCUCCGCCUCCUCCUCCUCCUCUCAUUCUCCCCAGGCUGCCCCAGAACCCCCCGGCCUCCCUUCACAGGGUGUCCCUGCACUCAGUCCGGGCUUUGGCUGUCCAGUCAGGACAGGUACUGCUAACGGAGCGGGAACUGCCUGUGGCGGAGGCUCUGGUCCAGAUGCCCUACCAGAACCUGCCACCUCCUCAGACGGUGGCUGUUGAUCUGAAAGUGCAUCCAGUCAAACACAACGAAACUCCACCCUUGGGGCAAAAGUGCAACGUGAACAGUCUGAGCUCAGAGGAGAGGAAAGAUCCUCCAAGUUCAGAACAAGACGGGACCGCUACACCACCCAAGCAAGAUGGUUCAGCAGUGACGGGUUCAUCCUCCAUCACCCCCAGCCACUGGCGGAGUCCUCCAGUGGAGGAGUCCUCCCAGCUCACGACCACUGACAAUAGUGGCAACAGUGGCACCAACAACCCUCCUCCUCCACCACCUUCUCCUUUACCUCCUCCCCUCCUCCCUGCUUCAGCAAAAGUCCCCAGCCAGCCUCCUUCUGCCCCUGCAAGCCUCCCGGGAAGCCCCAAGAGGUCAACCCACGUCCUCACACACCUCGUGGAGGGCUUUGUCAUCAAAGAGGGCCUGGAGCCGUUCCCGGUGAGUCAGUCAUCACUGUUAUCGGAGCAGCAGGCUUCCCUUCCAGAACCCCAGGACGUACCGACCAAUGGGGACGCAGCAGACGACAGUCCUCUGGAUGCUGACCAGUCAGAUUCAUCUGACUCUGAGAUGGAAAAUGAUGGCCCUACAGGAGAAGUUGCAGAGCUCGGGGAGAGUGUGCCAGACGUGUUGCAGUGUGAAUACUGUGGAAGCAGCGGCUACGCUCGCACAUUUCUGCGCUCCAAACGCUUCUGCUCCAUGUCGUGUGUCAGAAGGUUCAGUGUGAGCUGCACCAAGCGUAUCACGGUGCUGCGUGCAGGUCGCCUGGUUCACAGGCCCGUGGGAAGGAGAGGACGACCCCCCAGCCGAGUCAACGGAGCCUCCAGAGAGCACUUCGUGAUGCAGGCUCACAGGUCAUUUGGCUCCAAAGAGACCCAACACAGUUCACCGAGAGAGGAAGAUGAGCAUCACGAGGAGGAGGAAGAGGAGGAAGAACCUCCCGUUCCCAUGACGACCAGGCUUCGAAAACAGGCUGAGAGAGCGCAAGAGAGGGUGAGGGAGCAGAGGACCAUAGAAACGAUCAUCGUUUCAGACACAGAAGAAGACGUCGGCUGUCCGUCUCAGUGGAACGUGGAGCAAGUGUUUUCCUACGUCAGCACACUGCCAGGUGGUGCUGAUGUAGCCGAGGAGUUUCGCUCCCAGGAAAUAGAUGGGCAGGCUCUGCUGCUUCUCACAGAGGAUCACCUGGUCAGCACCAUGAACCUUAAACUGGGACCCGCACUGAAGCUUUGCGCGCACAUCAACUCCCUCAAAGAUGCAUAAACGCGUAACAUUCCUCCUCUUAGUGAAUGUAAAGAAAAACAAGGAUCUCUUCACCUCUGCAGAGACAAUGAGGAAGUGCUGCUCAUCUUUAAACUGCCUAUUUUUAAACACUGUCACAAAAGAGAGCAGAGCUCGCUGAGUUGAACUGACUGCAGUUUUUUUAAGACCACUGCCAAGAAUUUUUCCGGGUUUUAGCUUUCCAUUACCCAAGGACUCAAAGUCGACUCGCUGUCAGAUGAUUUUACAGUUUUACCUCAGCUGCUCUGGCUCGUUUCUCCUGAUAGUUUCACGUUUACAAGUCUCAGCGGUGGAUAUUUAAGCUUCCCUUAAUCACUCAACACCAGUUAAACUGCAAAAGGCUAUAUUUGCCAUCUUUUGUAUAUUGAAGGAUUAAAAUGCAAAAUUUUAUUACAUUGAAAUACUUAAUCCAAAAAGGUACCAUACAAAAAUCCAACUCUUUGCAGCAAACCAGGCAACAUAAGAAACACACAGACAGUAUAACGGUGACUCAGGGGAAGGACUAUUUAUACACACAGGGUAAUCAGGGAAGUGGAGACAGCUGGGGAAAUGAUACACAGGUGCAGAGAAACUAGGUAAUCACUGGGGAGGAGGUAAAACUCAAAGCAACACACAGGAGACAACAAUCUAUGAAAGUUUAUUUAUGCUACCGAAAACCAAUUUUUUUUGUUUUGCUGUCAAUAAGUCAAAAUUUGGGAUAUUAUCUUAUUGAAAGUUAUUUUCUCAGAAGUUUGAGUUGAUAAGUUGAAAUUCUGACCUACAGGUGACAAAAAAACUGUUUUGGUUUUUUUCUCUUUAUUUUUCGCCCCAACUUAACACAGACACCAGAAAACUCAUUUGUUACACAAAAGGAACACACGAGUUUAGAAUAAUGAAGAGAAAAGGACAAACACAACCUGAAAGUUCUCACCUGGGACAGGAAUCAAAUAGGCACCAAAACCAGAGAUUCAAAAAUAUAACAAAGGAUCAAACUCACAAUAGAACAUGAAGAAAUCCAAACAUGAAUCCUGACGUGCUCUAAUGGGCCCUUUCUUCGCUGCCUGGCUCCAUGGAGCCCAAGUGACAUUUGCCAUAGACUAGCAGAAUUGGCAGAUCCACCUGUGCCCUGUGUUUUUCACAAAUGAGAACAUGUUCACCCUGAGCACAUGUCACAGAUCUGGGGAAAUUGUAGAAAGCCUGUAAAAUCGUUCAGCAUGUGCGGUUUGGUGGUGGGUCAGUGAUGGUUGGGGAGAUAUAUCCAUGGAGGGACACACAGACCUCUACAGGUUUAGCAAUGACAUCCUGACUGCCAUUAGGUAUCCGGAUGAAAUCCUCAUCAGACUCUACACUGCUGCAGGGGAUCAGUGUGCAGAGAGUUCCUGGAGGAUAAAAGUAUUGACACCAUUGACUGCCCCCCAUGCUUGCCUAACUAAAAUCCAGUAGAACACCUCUGAGACAUUGUGUUUCUGCACCUCAGACUGUCCUGGAGCUCAGUGAUAGUUCAGAUUUGGGAGGAGAUCCCCCGCAUGUCAGUCAUGCAAACAUGAAUGUGGGGGCCAAACAAACUACUGAGUACCAUUUUUCAGUUACGGCAAUGAAAUUUUGCCUGCUGCAUCAUUUUCUUCACAAGUGAUGUAGCAUCCUUACAUUCCUACACAUUACCCAGUCCAUAUCAGUGUAGAUAUCCAGCAUGAUUGUUUUCCUUUUGAGAUCUGAUGUGUUUUCAAAGUGUUCUUUUAAUAUUUUUUUAAGGAAGCCUGUCCAAGGUGUACCCUGCUUGUCCACACAGUGCUGCACAGUAUCGUAGUGUACUGUAUACACUACACUCACCAUUUUUUGGCCACAAAUUUUAAUUAAACAUCAAAUUCAUUAAACAUUUGCAUCAAAUGCUUUGAUUUGUGAUGUCAAAGGUGAAAAAUUCCUCUGCAUCUUUCCGUAGUCUGUUGACUUUCACAUGCUCCGAUAUCUUCCUCUGCACUGACAUGGCGCUCAUUUUCUGUACAUAUCUUCCAGUAUGUUCAGUACUCACAUUACACCUGUGAGCUCAGUGAGAUUUUGACAGUUAGACAGAAUAAAAUAAACUCCAAGACCAAUAAAUUGUAGUAAAAAUGUCAGAGAUUGUGAACUGUGGGAGAUAAAAAGACAUCUCAAAGGAAAUUCAUAUAAAAAAGCCUUCCCAUAAAAAUGGGUUUAAAGGAAGUGGCUGACUCUACUGACAUGAUUUCCUCAGGCAAGGUUAGCGGCUUUGCCCAAGGACCCCGGGUGCAUGCUGGUGCAUAUGGUGCUCAGAGGAUAGAGAUAUAGCCUAGAGCAAGGCCAUGAAGGGCCCUAAAAGUCAUCCAUAAAAUCUGUUCUAAAACAAACUGUGAGCCGCUGUAGAACAGCAAAAAAACAAACAAAAAACAGCUAAAACUGGAGUGCCGUUUAGUUCUGAUACACAGGAGUAAUUUCCCUAAAUGUCCUAAAAUAGUUAAAAAUGUUAACAGACGCUGAGACGGUCAGAUUUCAUUUAUUUUUGAGAUGAGAAGUGAGCCAAAGCAACAAAGAUGAGCAGUUCUUUCUCUCACCGCUUGUCAUUUCGCUGUAGUGAUCGUAGCAGUUCUGACUCGAGUUAUCCAUUUGUUUCAAAAUGGUUUUUAAAUGGUUUUUUUGUAUCAUUUGUAGACAAAGAGAACAAAUGAUCAUCAUUACAUUCGACAAACGCGGUACAAUCUCACUGUUUACAAAGCAGAUUAUUGCCUCUUGUCUUCAAGAUAGAAUUUGAUACGUUCACCAUCAGCAAACGGUUGUGCUGACUUAUGAAAGUUUUACUGACUACAAGGUUAUUUAUUGUUAU